AAAAAAAUUCAAAUUGGCCGGUUAUGCUCUGGAGACGUUUACAUCCAUCGCAAAUAUUCCUUAUCCUAAAAAACCAAACCCAUUGAAAUAAAAACACAUUAGGAGAACACAAUGUAGAGAUCGAUUAACCCCCCUGUGUGGUUACCUACUCUCAGCUAUAUUUUGCGGCGAUGAAGUACAGUAGAUGAGAGUACCGAAAGUGGAUCGAUGAAAUGAUAAUAACUUUUCGUCCGAGCAUGCAGCAUAGGGAACCCACACCAGCAAUAGUAGACGGCCGCCACUUGCUGAGCGAUGGAUUGGCGCCCUGCAUGGGUGACUGAUUUUUUUAAAGCGGCGAAAGACUGGCUAAUGGAAAUAAACAUCCUUGGUGCUCACCACUUUCUGACCGACACAGCGUAGGCUGAGCGCUAUGAUGAAUGUAGCUAGCAUCCUCAAUGAUGUGCCCAAACCCAAGACGAGUGAAAAGAAGAACACUGUGUUGAACAUGGCUGCUCAACUCCAGUAUACCAUUGCAGCAGGCGUAAAACGGCCAAGACAGGAUGAUAGACCAGCGGCGGCCGUGCAGAUGGAUACUUCUGUAUAUCCAGUGAAACCGUCUUUACCACGCUCAACGUCAGAAACGCUCACGCCACAACAACUAGAGAACAUCAAAUGCCCUCGAUUUCUUCCAGCCAUCACACAUAAUCCUUCUAUCUGGCGACCUCAGCUUAUACUCCCUGACUCCAACGAUUCCAUACCGCUUGUGACUCGCGAAAUUUUGCACAAGAUGGGCGAUCCAAAGUUGUUAUUGGAGGAGACCUAUGAUGUACCUGGCGCUGUGCCGCGUAGUUUCUUUGUGGUCAUGGCACACCGUGGAAUUGCCCAUAGUUUUAUUUUCGAUUUUCCUGAUCAUGCUUGGUUCCAUGAUUUGGCUGGUUUACGCAAGAGUGCUUAUAUUGUCUUAAGAAGUGAACAAGGGGACCUUUGGGAACUUCAUUUGAAGCCAGCACGCGACAAAGCGUAAGUUG